AUGAUGAAGCCAUUGCCUUCUUUGCAAGCAGCCGUAGAUGACAUCCUGCAACAUGAACAAAAGCUUAAAUAUGAUAAACGACAUUCGAAUCGAAGUGUUCACUCAGUGGCACUUGCAGAACAGGGUGAUAAGCAGAAGAGCUCUAGUUCAUUUGAACCUAAUAAAGGUGGAAAGGAUGGCACAGAGGCGGAAAUAAAUUUCUGCCGAUACUGUAAGAAGAAUGGUCACUUGAAGGAAGAGUGUUACAGACUCAAGAAUAAGAAGGCCAGGAUGGCAGGGAGAACAGUUUUGCUGGUUCUGCUUCUCGAUCAGACACAGAGAGUAAAGACGCAGGCUCCAUGGGAAGUAAUCUGA